AUGGACCCUGCAACUGCGAGUGGCCUUGCCAUAGGAGUGGUAUCUUUGGCAUUCGAUCUGUUUGAUAACUCAGUGAAGCUCUUCAAGUUUUUCUCCUCUAUGGUGGACAUGCCGAAGGAAUGCGAACAAUGUCGACUGCAAUUGAUGAUUGAGUACAAUAGACUUCUCGCCUGGGGUGACGCAGUGGGCUUGAUUGAUGUACCAAAAGGAUCACAUAUAGCCGUGAGCCUUGGAACGAACGCGAUCGAGCUAUGUGGCAUUAUUUCCAGAAUUGCAUGGCUCCUCGGAGAGUUCAAAGAACUCAAUGCUCGUUGGCAGGGUGAGUUUACGUCUCAUCUAGAGAAGGGCCAAGUGGCGUCUAAGGCAGCAAACUUGUCUAUAGACGUGACUAAGGAAAUUUCGAGCCUAGCGAUGGCAUAUGAGAAAACUCAGGAAGAGCGUAAAAACCUGAGAGGGAAAAGUCACAUCAUCAAGUGGAUAUCGAAAAGAGCUGGGAAUGCCAAAGAGAUAGUCACACAUCCCUUUCGCGUUCGCUGGGUCAUGGUGGAUAAAGAAGCGUUUGAAGCAUUACUUCAAGAUCUUCACGUUCUAAUCCAGCGAAUCUACGAAUUAAUGGGAGACUACCGUGAGAGACGCAUUCACGAGAUUACCGCGAGUUCUUACCGGGAGAUGGUCAUUAUUCGAAACGACGUCAUGGACCUCCGGAAUAUGUUAGAUGCUGUGACCAGUUUAAUCAAAACCUCUCGCACCAACGACAACUGCGGUGUCGCUCAUACCAAUGAUAAUGAUGAGACACUCCGGGAUCUUUUGCGAUUGAAGGAAAUCAACCAUAUCUCAGAUAGUCUGCUUAGGAAGAUGAGAGACGACGCGAAUUCUGACAUCGAUGACGACCUAAGAAACUUGAUUAGUGUAAAGUUUUAUGAUGCAGACACUUUGAACAAGAACUUUUGCUCUACGAGAGCAGCGAAUACGAAGAACGUCCCAACUUCGCAACGGUCAAGGGGUUCUCUGAGAGAUGGAGACAGGAGUUCAGAGGUCUGGAUUGAAUGGAAACCCCUGCAGAACAUUAUCAGAGAUUCGGUCCAAGAUAAAGAAUCCAGGGUGCGGACGGCAAUCCUGGCACAGAUGCUUCAUGUCAACAAACCACGACAUCUAUAUUCACCAAAGUGUGUUGGGUUUAUUGAUGAUCGUGAACAAAACAAGCGAUAUGGGUGGAUCUUCGAAAUGCCGGCAGGGUCCGAUAGAGAUUCCUCGUUGAAGUCUCUUCACAGCAUUUUAGGGACGAGCCAAUUCAAACCAACUCUGACCCAACGGAUUUCCUUGGCCUGGAAAUUGGCCUCUUCGCUCCUUUAUCUACACACUACAAGUUGGAUACACAAAGGGAUCCAUAGUGGGAACAUCAUUUUCGCAUUCAACGGUCAGACAUUCGAUAUUGAGAAACCAAUCCUAUCAGGGUUUGAGUAUUCGCGUCCACAGAGUGGAAGUACAACCACGCGCAGCCCGAAUCCGCAGUGGGAUAUUUACCGAUGGCCAGGCAUUCAGGGAGAAGCGCCAAACUCAAAGAACUCUCGAAAGACAUAUGAUAUCUACAGUCUUGGUCUUGUUCUUCUUGAGGUCGCGCAUUGGAAGCCAUUGCAUAAGAUAAUGUGUCUUAAAAAAUGGCCAGAGCCUUCGCAUCAAGACGCCCGGAUCCGCGCCUGGCUUUUAAAGGAAGAACUCUUCCCACCCUUCAAAGACGCAGAUCCACUCAAAGAAUUGCGCGAUAUAGCUGGUGAUAAGUAUUGGAGGGCAGUCAGCCGCUGUAUUGUAGCCCAUGGAGAAAUGGGGAUGCAUCUCAAUGAGGAGGAUGACCAGGCAAGAGACUCUGAGUUGGGUAUUAAACUCCAGAAGACGUUUACAGCGCUGGUUGUCGAGGAGCUGAAAGGAGUAUCGAUUUGA